CACUUAUAAGAAUGAAAAUUCUGUGUCGUUAACUGAUCUAGGGUUUUUCCAAGUUUUUGUUGAAAUCAAUAGGUUCCAAUUAGGUUUUCGUGAAUAAUGGCACGUUUGGUUCUUCCAUCGAAGACUCUGGCUUUUUCCACGAAGAGUCUACUGAGUUUGAUCUCACCUGCUCCUCUUCAGAUUAGUUGCAGCGUUAAUUGUUUACGGAAGACUUCGAAAAGUAGUGUCAGAUAUAGACAUUUCCUUGCAUCAGAGGUUGUUCUCCGAAAGAAUUGUUGCCCGUUUUAUUCUUCGGUACCGAAGGUCAAGAAAGCGAGUAGGAAGCUAAUUUGUUCGGUUGCCACCGAAUCAAAGCAAGUUGAAGAUUCUAAAAUGGCGCAGCCAAGAGAAAUAUUCUUAAAGGAUUACAAAAAGCCUGAUUACUUCUUUGAGACUGUGGAUCUGAAAUUUUCCUUAGGAGAGGAGAAGACAAUAGUUAGUUCUAAAAUUGCUGUGUUUCCUCGCGUUGAAGGUUCUUCUCCCCCGCUAGUUUUAGAUGGACAAGACAUGACUUUAGUUUCAGUUCAGAUUAAUGGCAAGGCCUUGAAGGAGGAAGAUUAUCAUUUGGAUGCACGCCAUCUAACAAUCCAAUCACCUCCUAGUGGUAAAUAUGAUCUUGAAAUUGUUACCGAGAUUCUCCCACAGAAAAACACAUCAUUGGAGGGACUUUACAAGUCAUCCGGGAAUUUCUGUACUCAAUGUGAGGCUGAAGGCUUCCGUAAAAUCACAUAUUAUCAGGAUCGGCCUGAUAUAAUGGCAAAGUAUACAGUUCGCAUUGAGGCAGACAAAGCACUGUAUCCAGUAUUGUUGUCUAAUGGAAACCUGGCUGGACAGGGUGACUUGGAGGGUGGCAAACAUUAUGCUGUUUGGGAGGACCCCUUCAAGAAACCUUGUUAUCUGUUUGCCUUAGUCGCUGGGCAAUUGGCGAGCAGAGAUGACACAUUUACUACCCGCUCAGGAAGGAAGGUGUCCCUUAGGAUCUGGACGCCUGCAGAUGACGUACCUAAGACUGCACAUGCUAUGUAUUCUCUGAAAGCAGCUAUGAAGUGGGAUGAAGAUGUUUUUGGACUUGAAUAUGAUCUGGAUCUCUUCAACAUUGUUGCUGUCCCAGAUUUUAAUAUGGGAGCCAUGGAAAACAAAAGUUUGAAUAUUUUCAAUUCCAAGCUUGUACUGGCUUCUCCAGAGACUGCUUCGGAUGCAGAUUAUGCUGCAAUAUUGGGAGUUAUUGGCCACGAGUAUUUCCACAAUUGGACUGGCAACAGAGUGACAUGCCGCGACUGGUUCCAGCUUAGUCUGAAGGAAGGUCUCACUGUUUUUCGUGAUCAGGAAUUCUCAUCUGACAUGGGAAGCCGUACUGUAGAGCGGAUUGGCGAUGUUUCAAAACUUAGGAAUUACCAGUUUCCACAGGAUGCCGGUCCCAUGGCCCAUCCAGUGCGACCACACUCUUACAUCAAGAUGGACAACUUCUACACAGUCACGGUCUAUGAAAAGGGGGCUGAAGUUGUUCGAAUGUACAAAACCUUAUUGGGAAGUCAAGGGUUCCGAAAGGGGAUGGAUCUUUAUUUUAAGAGACAUGAUGGGCAAGCUGUAACAUGUGAAGAUUUUUUCGCUGCCAUGCGAGAUGCAAAUAAUGCUGAUUUUGCAAAUUUCCUAUCGUGGUACUCUCAAGCUGGGACUCCUAUUGUUAAAGUAAAUACUUCUUAUAAUACAGAAGGACACACAUUUACUUUGAAGAUCAGUCAAGAGAUACCACCAACUCCAGGGCAGUCCGUUAAGGAACCCAUGUUCAUUCCUAUUGCAGUAGGUUUGCUUGAUUCGACUGGCAAGGACAUUCCUCUUUCCUCUAUUUAUCAUGACGGGGCUUUGCAAUCUGUUUCAAGCAAUGACCAAUCAGUCUCCACUACAGUCCUUAGAGUCACUAAGAAAGAAGAAGAGUUUGUAUUCACUGAUAUCUUUGAGAGGCCUGUUCCAUCUUUGUUAAGGGGAUAUAGUGCUCCUAUUCGACUUGAAUCUGAUGUCACUGAUGAUGACCUGUUUUUCCUAUUAGCCAAUGAUUCUGAUGAAUUCAACCGAUGGGAGGCCGGACAAAUUUUGGCAAGAAAGUUGAUGCUCAACUUGGUGGAUGAUUUCCAAAAUAAUAAACCCUUGGUUCUGAAUUCCAAUUUUCUUGAUGGGUUCAGUCGUAUCCUAUCUGACUCAAGUCUGGACAAAGAAUUUGUGGCUAAGGCAAUAACUCUGCCUGGUGAGGGAGAAAUAAUGGACUUGAUGAAAGUUGCAGACCCUGACGCUGUUCAUACUGUUCGGUCUUUCAUCAGGAAGCAGCUUGCGAGUGAACUGAGAUCAGAAUUCCUUAGCACAGUAGAAAAUAAUAGGAACUCAGGAGAAUAUGUGUUCGAUCAUUCAAACAUGGCCAGACGAGCUUUGAAGAACAUUGCUCUUGCUUAUCUUGCAUCCCUCGAGGAGCAAGAAUUCACCAACCUUGCACUUCAAGAAUACAAAACUGCUACAAAUAUGACCGAGCAGUUUGCAGCAUUGGCUUCCGUAGCCCAGAACCCUGGUAAAACUCGUGAUGAUGUUCUUGCUGACUUUUAUAACAAGUGGCAGAAUGAUUACUUGGUGGUGAACAAAUGGUUUGCUCUUCAAGCAGUGUCUGAUGUUCCUGGUAAUGUUGAGAAUGUGCGGAAACUGUUGAACCACCCAGCAUUUGACUUGCGCAAUCCCAACAAAGUGUACUCUCUCAUUGGAGGUUUCUGUGGGUCUCCUGUGAACUUCCAUGCAAAGGAUGGCUCGGGCUACGAGUUUUUGGGUGAUAUUGUGCUGCAACUUGACAAAAUAAAUCCUCAGGUCGCCUCAAGAAUGGUGUCGGCCUUCUCAAGAUGGAAGCGUUAUGAUGAAACCAGACAAAAACUUGCAAAGGCCCAGCUUGAGAAGAUCAUGUCUACCAAUGGCCUAUCAGAGAAUGUGUUCGAAAUUGCUUCAAAAAGCUUAGCUGCUUAAAGUGCCAAUGGCGGGUAAGAAAAACUAUGAAGCCGUCUUUUAAACUGUUGUGGCGUAUUUUUAGCCAAAUAACCGUUUCUGUGAGCUCAAUAGCCUGUACAAGGUUUCCGCCAUUGGUAUCCCUUACACAUACUUGCAUGUCUCAAAUUGGGGUCGUUUCCUUUUCCGGAUUUCGGUAUUGAUCUUCCAUGGAUUUACACAUUAUUUAUAUGCAAUAAAGAAAAGAACGGAAGUAUAUUUUAUUUGAUUUCUCUAGGUUCAGCAAUAUAACAAAAGUUAGACUGUGAUAACUCUGCUGUCUUGUUGAUGAUAUCAUUAGCAAAAUAGUUUUAUUUGAUCGGUGAUUAUAAAAUCUUGACUUUGAA